AUGGCCACCGUAGGCGGAGGAGAAGAAGCGGCGGCAUUACAGCGUUUAUUACGUAUCACUGACGUUGCACAAGAGUCACUGGAAAUUCUUGCACCCAUUACUGGUUAUUCGAAAUCAUCCCUUGUUUCACUUGAAGAAGCAGUCGUACCACUCGUUCCUAUUGUACCCGAUGUUCAGAGUCAUGCAUAUAUUGGUAAAUUAAAAUGUAAGAAACCUGACGAUAAACUAACACAAGAUGAAUCUGCAUCGAUUAUGCUUUACACAAUGGGGUGGGAACCUCUUGACGAAUGUCUCUACGUAGUCUUAAACAAUACAUUGCGAGCGAAGGAUCGACAGCAAAAACUCCAACCUUGGUAUUUUUAUUUGAGACUUUUUCUAAAUACACUGUUUCGUCUUCCGCUGGUUUCGACAGAUGCAUAUAGAGGUGUCAAAUUGGACCUCUGCAAUCGCUAUAUCGAAGGAGAAACAAUUGUUUGGUGGGGCUUCUCAUCGUGCACGACAUCUGUCGGUGUGCUAAAAUCAGAAUUGUUCUUGGGAAAGACCGAUAGUAGAACUAUGUUUACCUUACACUGUAAAUCAGCCAGAGACAUAAGCAAGUAUUCGUUUUAUCCAGUUGAAGAUGAAUUACUUCUAAUGGCUGCAACUCAAUUCAAAGUAGUCAGCUCCCUUGAUCAAGGUAAUCUUCACAUUAUUCAAUUGGAAGAAACUACGCCACCAUUUCCACUUUUACAACCAGUACCUAUUGUUGGUUCAUUACCAAUUCAAUCAAAUCCAUCUGGUGAUUCGACAGCGACUUCGUUUGACAUAAGCAAAGAAAAGUCAAUGACACAUUCAAAUAAAUCUACAAUCGAUAGACAUGGAGCAGCUGCCAGUACUAGCAAAAGGACAGGAAUCAAUUCUAUCACUGGCCAAAUGUCCGAUGUAAAAAUUAGUGCUUCAACUAAUGAAGUUAAUAUUCCUACUAAUGCUAACUGGUCACAGAACGGAGUGACUGUUGCUGGAGGUAACGGAUAUGGGGGUGCCACCGAUCAGCUCAACCAACCUUAUGGUCUCUUCGUUGAUGAUGGUAAAACAGUGGUCAUUGCUGACUGGGGGAAUCAUCGUAUCAUGCAAUGGAAGAAAAGCAAGAGGAAAAGUGAUAUGACGAAUGGAAAAGUUGUUGCUGGUGGUAAUGGUCAAGGAUAUGGAUUGGAUCAAUUGAACCGCCCAAAUGAUGUAUUGAUCGACAAAGAGACAGAUAGUCUGAUUAUUUGCGAUCGAGACAAUCGGCGGGUUGUACGAUGGUCUCGUCAUAGUGGCACAACGCAAGGAGAAAUCCUCAUCGACAACAUCAAUUGUCGGGGAUUGGCAAUGGAUCAUCAGAGAUAUCUCUACGUCUCUAAUGGCGGAACAGAAGUAAGACGAUAUCAAUGGCAAUGGGGAGACAAGGUUGGUACUCUCGUGGCUGGUGGAAAUGGCAACGGUGAUGGUCUCAAUCAACUCAGCUUUCCGGCUUUUCUCUUUGUCGAUCCACAACAGAAUGUCUACGUGUCAGACAAUGGAAAUCAUCGUGUAAUGAAAUGGAGUAAAGGUGCAAAAGAAGGCAUUGUCGUCGCUGGAGGUCAAGGCGAAGGGAGAGCUUUGACACAAUUGAAGUAUGCUAAUGGACUCUUCGUUGAUAUGUUGGGUACACUCUAUGUGGCAGACUCAUUGAAUCACCGUGUAAUGCGUUGGACUCAAGGAGCGCAACAAGGCACUGUAAUUGUGGGUGGAAAUGGUGAAGGAGAAGGAGCAAAUCAGUUCGCCGUCACUAUUGGUUUGUCUUUCGAUCGACGUGGUAAUCUCUAUGUCGCUGAUCGGUACAAUCAUCGUGUUCAACGAUUUUCUCUCGAAUAUUUGUCGGAUACAUUGUGA